AGUGAAGUCACUCAGGAAAAGUUUUUCGUAGAUGAAAGGUCACGUAAACUUUCACAUUUUACGUUCGUUUUUGAUUUAAUUUACUGUGAAUAGUUGGUUGAGUAGCAUUAGAUAUGGAUCGUGAUCGGUUACCUUCAAAUAGUUCGCUUGGACCUGAAAGACUUGAAAAUGUUUUAGGUAGUGAUAGCGAGGAAUGUCCCAUCGUAGAGGGAAGUAACUUGCGAUUUUCGCGAACUGCUCACAGCGAUGUAUUUCUGGAAGAACCAGAGGCUGCCGCUCUUGCACAAUACGACGAUUUUAACACUAUUGACUGGGUUCGUGAUCGACAGAGGGAACGAAAAAGGUUUCGUGAAAUGCGGCGAAUGAGAAGAGGUAGUCUUUGGGAGCGAAUACAACAAGCAAAUGACGCCUGGGCUGGCUGGUUGAUUGUCUUUCUUGUUGGUCUAGCUGCGGGAUUAUGUGCAGGGAUUAUAGACAUUGGAGCGACAUGGAUGACUGAUUUAAAAAUGGGUGUUUGUCCAGAAAACCUUUGGUUUAAUCAAGAAUCCUGUUGCUGGUCAGAUAACACUAGUUUUCAAGAAGUUGGCUGCCAUCAAUGGAAAACGUGGGCGCAGAUAUUCACUGGCUCAAACGAUGGCGCCGGGGCAUAUGUGAUUAACUACUUUAUUUACGUUCUUGUAGCUUUAGUUUUUGGUUUACUCGCCGUCACGCUAGUUCGUUGGUUUGCGCCUUAUGCAUGUGGAAGUGGAAUCCCAGAGGUAAGGAGAUUAAUAUUACAUAAUGAUUAAUAAAAUAAUGAUCCUGCAAGACCAAUGUUAAUUUUUUUUGCUAUGCAUUAGUACUCUUCAUCCCACAAAAAUGUUUUAUUUUCACACAGAGAAUGAAUAAAACAUUUACCCAGGUUACUUAGGUUUCGCCGCUUCUUGGCAGGGUCACCGUAACAGUGCAUGGCACCAAUUAUUUACUGUGGGCCCUUAACUGUCCCUCCCCCCCACGAAAGAUAGACCACUACAAUGGGGACUAUGUCCCCUACUCUUUAGGAACAGUGCAUGGGUUCUUAAAUGUCCCACAGAAUUUAUACAUGCAAGGGUUGUGAGAUGGCACCUACAGUUUAUUGUCCUUAUUCGAGAAGACUAGAAACCAUUUGGAGAUGUCUGUACAAAGGCAGCACUUUCUCCUCAGUUAUUUAAAACCCUGAAUGUUGGGUCAGCCAGGGUUUGAACCAGUGGCCUCCUGUGUGGCAGACCAGUACUUAUCCAAUUGAAUUAAGUGGGCAGAGUUUACAAAAUAAAACUUUACCCAUUCUGAAAAGAUGUUUCCUAGUGCUAACAGAAUUCAACCAUCAAAAGAGCUGCAAAUAAUAACCAAGAAAAGAUUACAAAAUACAGUCAAAGCCCAUUAAUACGGACAAUGAGGGGGUCCUAGAAAGUGUCUUUAUCAAUGAGGUGUCUGUGUAAAGCAGGUUGAAUUUAGAGAAAAUGUUAAGGUUAGGGACAAGGAAAACUGUCCAAAAUGGUGUCCAUAUUAAGUGGGUGUCUGUAAAGCAGGGUUCGACUGUAUGGGAUUUUAUAUUGAUUUGGAUCACAGAUGAUGUCAAAAUGUGGUAGGAACACAUAGAUGGCUGAGAUGGUCACUUAAUAUGUUCUUCCUCUUUCUUCAUUCUCUCACUUGUUAACGACUCCUGCUAAACUUCUUUUGUGACCUUCACUUGCUCAAUAAAGAAUAAUCUCAUAGACAUCUUCAAGACUCCGGACCAUGUUGGGCAUAACAAGGAAAACAAUUCUUUGUGAUGUCGUCUCUUAGGGCGAAGGAAAUAAUAUUGAGAAUCAACCUAUAGCUAGAUUAAAUCAAAACUAACCUGAAAUCAAAUUAAUUGACCUGUAACAUCUGUCCUUGCUCAUGUGUAGGGAAAAGUUGGACGUUGUUGUCCUUCUCAGCUCAUAUCUCCUUGCUCAAAAGCAGCUGAGUGACAAACAACAGGCAUUAUUUCAAAGAAAAAUAAACAUCAGUCCCCAGUUCUUGUUUCGGAAGGAUACAGUUGAGAACUCCAACACAGACACCACUGGCCACUAUCCUCCUUCCCUCAGUAAUGACAAGAGGUUGUUACAUCAUGCACUUGUUUUCCAUUCUCAUUUUAGCUUUGCUGUUAGUGUAUGCUAUUCUUGUUCUAAUAUUUUAAACUGCUCUUUAGAUUAAGACGAUUCUAAGUGGUUUUAUCAUCCGUGGUUACCUGGGCCGUUGGACGCUAAUUAUCAAGUCCCUGUCAAUGAUGUUAGCUGUUUCUGCUGGCUUAAGUUUAGGAAAGGAGGGUCCCCUUGUGCAUGUGGCAAGCUGUUGUGGGAACUUUUUUUCGCAUGUGUUUGCUAAAUACAGUAAAAAUGAAGCAAAGAAAAGAGAGGUUUGUUUACUGUUGAUAGUUGCUAUGUUUUUUGCCAGCUUUCAUAUCUUUUGAGUUAAAAUUUUAAAUAAAAAUUCCAGUCUUUGUAUAUAUUGGAAACAUACAGCUGUACCCCAGAAAAUUGGAGUAUACAAGAGUACAUGUGCCUAUUUGUAAAGAAUCCCCACUGUCAGUUUUUUUCUUACCCAGAUAUCAACCUUCAAUUUUUUUAGCUUCCACAACCUUUCUUUUAAUCACAUUUUGAUUUGUUUUUGUUUGUUUCUUUUUUUGUACAUGAUCUAUUCCAUUCUACUUUUUUUUAGAAAGCCUAUUCCCAUUUGGUUCAAUGCUUCAUUCCUUGUUGAUGACUCACUAUCACCUUAGUCUUCUCAGAGUUUCUCAUAGAUCUCUGUCACAUCGGGUCAGUUAUUUAAACAAAGUCUAACUUAGGCUGCAGUUUAGCAAAUCUUUGGACCUCCAGAUAUCUUCUUUUCUGGGUUAUUUUAAGAAAAAAAUAAUUAUUGCUUUGCUAGUCUACGUCUUAUGCUUUCAUGAAGUUGUUCACUGUAAAUGGUGUUUAAAAAAAAACGUUGAGCAAACUGAAAAAGGCUUAGAAUGCAGUUUUGUUAAACACUGGCUAACCCCGUUUAAAUAACUGGCCCUUAAUGUUUUACUUAUCUUUGCACCAAUAAUUCAGCCCUUUUUACCACUGCUGUCUGUUUAUUGCUUUCUGUCAACUUUACCUAGGUCUUAUCAGCAGCAGCUGCAGCUGGUGUGUCUGUGGCUUUUGGUGCACCCAUUGGUGGUAUCCUGUUCAGCUUGGAAGAAGUCAGUUACUACUUUCCAAUGAAGACAUUAUGGAGAUCAUUCUUCUGUGCAAUGAUUGCUGCGUUUACUCUCAAGUAUAUGAACCCAUUUGGAACUGGGCGUUUGGUUAUGUUUUACGUAGAAUAUGACAAUCCAUGGAAGCUGUUUGAACUUGUACCUUUUAUAAUUUUAGGUGCUUUAGGGGUGAGUGUGAUCCUUCUAGUAAGUAGCAUUAAUUUUUCACCUUCAGACUUUUUUGUUUUGAUGAUUUGUAUAGGGUUUCUUUAUUCUCAAGUCAUAAUUUAUAUUCCAUUUUCACAGCUUUAUCAUUUAACUGAUGAAAUAUAAUAAAUUUAUACCCCAAAAACAAAAUCAAAUAAAUAAGAGUGUAAAAAGUUGAGUUGAAGAAAUUUUUCAUGCUGGUUAUUUACUCAUUUCUGUUUCACAUGAUCACUGUUGAUCAAAAACAAAGUCGUCUCUUAAAAUGCGGCAGCCAACUAAUAAGUUCAGGUUUUGAGACCAGAUAGGCUAUCAGAAAUGAAGUAUAAAAAUUCGAUGGGCUCAUAAUUUUAUAUUUUAACUAUAAAAAAUGUCCCAAUAUACCACACCAACUAGUGGUAGUCUUGUAUCAUAAAAUCAAAUAUUAAUUUAGGGCAUCUUCCAUUGGCCAUAUACCAGAAUAAGAAUUUAUAAGUUGUUUUGGCUUUCAUUGUAUAGAAAUAUUUACAAAACUGCUUGAAAUAGAAUAUUCCAGUCUAUAUAAAGUUUAAAUGGUUUAAACAUCACAUCAGAAGAGCUUUGCAACAAACAAAACUUUUGCGUAUUCUUAUUUCAGAAUAUGAUUAAUCAAACGCACCCUUGUUAUCUUUUUAAAUGUUUUUGUUUUUUGUAGCUUUAAAAACUCAUCAAGCAGUCUUUUUUUCUACUUUUUCUUUUAUAUAGGGUCUUAUAGGUGCAUUUUUCAUUAAGGCAAACUUAUGGUAUUGUAAACUGAGGAAAACAACAAAACUUGGAAAGUAUCCAAUAGCAGAGGUGAUAAAAAUGACUAUCCCACCUUUUACAUGUUGUUCAGUUCUAUAAAAUAAUAAUGUAUCAAAUUAUUUAUCCAACAUGAAAAGUGGAGCUCCCUUACAUUAAGCUAUGAUAAAAAGUGGAGUGCCUACUAAAACACAUUAGCCAUUAUCUUGAAAGAAAAUAAUUUCUUUUGACUUCUGCAAUCUAAAUAAAUACCUCGGACUCACAUACACCCAAAAAUUUAAAUGUAAGCCCAUGAUACAACAAAAGUUAUCAGGUGGUCAGUGGAAACCUCAAAAGAGUGCAUGAACUCGAUAGGUAGCACAACUGAGCCGAUAAUACAAUCAUCUCUUACAGAUCAGAGGGUGCCCUAUUAUGAUGGCAUGACUUCCUCAUUUGAUUAUGCUGCGUUGUAAUAAUAUUAUGUGACCUGGAGCACACGUUCAGUCAAUCAGCUAUAAUUAUUAAAUGUAACAAACAGAAUUCUUCACAUUAGGAGGUUUCCCAGAUUUUCUUACUAAAAGGGCUCCAUUUGACAGUGCCUACAUGUAGCUAGCUUAGCCCAAGAAAACAGAAGGCACUUGGCAAAGCCACCACUGCUUUCCCUGCAAAAUGACGUCUGAGGAACGAGCGAUGAUAAACGUGUCACUACCGAGAUCUGGGUAGUAUUUCUGUUUGGUUGAAGCAAAUUUUCCGCACGGCACUACCAAUAAGAAGCACUACCCAUAUCUGGGUAGUAACACGUCAACAGUGUGGAAUUUCUGCACUCGCUUCUCAGACGUUGUUUCUCGGGAAAAAAGGUGGUGUCACUGAAACGUUUUGCUCAGGUCAUACCAUGCUCUCCAGUAGUUGCUUAUUAUUAUGUUGUACUGUUUUCUUCAGGUUUUACUCGUGACUCUUGUCACAGCUUUGUUGGCAUAUCCCAAUCCCUAUUCAAGGUAACAAAAUAAAACAUUAACGCUAGCUACUGAAUCAAUAAAUUCAUUCUUAAUGAGUACGGCUGUAAAUGUAUGUUUUUUUGUGGAAGAGGUCACACAUGUUGACAACAUCGUACGUGUAUUCAGGCGUUAGCUUUGUUGACAUUUUGUAUCAGCCUUUUAACCUCAUCUAAGUUAUUAAUGUUUAACAAAAAUGUUUCACUACCUCAGUGCCUUAUACAGGUGCUGAAAAAGAUCAUGUUUUUUAUUGUGUAGUUGAGCGAACCUCUCUACAGUGGUCACCUUUCAUUGGCAAGGGUAGAAGCUGGCUGUCAUGGGAGGGGGCAGGGGUUAGGGAUGAAAGGGGAAACCAAUUUUUGGGUGAAGAGGGUAAAACUUUUUAAGUUUUGAAAAUGCUUAUUAUAUUGUACAUGUAAAAUAGAGGUCUUCCAAGGGGUAGAAAUGACAGGCAACAUGGCCCCAAAAACUGGCAACAGUCGUCUAAGAAAUCAUCAACAUUAGACAGAAAAGGAAGAAAAAAGUGACAGUGACAAUCCAAUUUUAAAUAGUCGUUCACUUUUACAUUUGGCUGUUCCGGCAGCAAGUAACAAAAUUUCUUCUGUUAUUUUCUUUGGAACAUUUUCUAAUUGUGGUAUUGUUCAAAAACAUUCCUUGGAAGGCCUCAAAGUAAUAUACAAAAUAUAUAAUAAUAGUGUGCUGAUAAAUAAGAAACAAAAUGUUUUGAAAAAAUAUGAAGAUAAAACAAGGUAAGUGUGGUACAGUGAGUGCAUCAAGAUGGGCGAGAAGAGGCUGAGGUCUCGAGGGGAGAGGUAUUCCCCCCCCCCCUCUCUCUCUCCUGGCAUUCGUUCUUCUCCCUUGUGGCUCAUUCUAUUGUGCCCUAAGUUUCUCAAGCACCUGCGUUUGUUCUUUGGUUUUGCAGGGAGAGUAGCAGUGUUUUAAUCAAACGCCUUUUCAGUCAGUGUGGUCCAGAUGACAUUUCUGAGUUAUGGUAUGUUUAUGUACUUUCUCAGGACCUGAAAGUAUUAAUCCUUAAAAUCUUUCCAGAAAAAUAAAGAAAAGCUAUUGCUGUUUUACCCUAAGCAACCCAUAAUCAGCCUGUAGUCUCUGCUAUAAUACUUUAUUGUUAUUUUUGUUUCGUCUGGCUGAACCUGCACAUUUCAAAUCAUUGUAAAAGAAAAAGCGAGUCAGUUAGUACAAGUCAUAGCUGGUGUGUUGAGAAUAUGCCACCUGCAUGCACACAUGAUGGCAGCCUGAACAUUUGACACAUUUUAACAGAUUGCAGUGUAACACAAGCUACACGAAGUCGUAGGAUAACAAGACCUACUUUUAUUUCAUUUGUGUUUCUGUGUGUUUUCACAGUGACUAUGAAACAGAUAACUCCACCCUGAAUGUGAAUGAUCCUCACUGGCCUGGAGCUAAUGCAGGAGCCGGGGUAAAAAUGGCUGUGUGGCAGUUAAUUCUGGCCAUGAUUUUCAAGGCAAUCAUUACUAUUUUUACAUUUGGAAUUAAGGUGAGGUUGUGAAGUCUGUUAGUUCUUUACUAAGAACUAAGAAACAAAAUUCAUCAAGUGCAAUAAUAUGAUAACUAGAAAACAAGUUGUACCACAGAACCAAAAAUGCAAGUGCCCUGUAGCCUGCAUCACAGAUGUAAUUUAACCUUGGUUAGUGGGGACUUUAAGAUCCAACGACAUGACGGCAACAAGAACGUCGCUUAAAAAGUGAAUUUGUGUUCUUUCAGUCUUUAUCGCAAUUAUUCCUACUAGGAGUUGAAUUCCUAGGGACCAUAUACAAGUGCGGAAAGAGAAACAAAAUUUCGUCGUUGGUUGUUUACGUACUCCAUAAAACGCAAAAUUAGGCACUUUCACGUCGUAUUCGUGCAAACACGGGCAGAGAAAUGUACAAAAAAGUUGUUGUUUUGCUUAUAAAACCUAUUGUUUUUUUCUUGACGUCCUCGUUGCCAUCCGCGUUUUUGGAUCUUAAAGUUCCUAGUAACAUCUGCAAAGCAGCAUUGUGAUCCUUUCUCUGGGCCCCUAACGACUCAAUGAAUCACCAGAAGUACGUUUUGAAGUUCCCUUCAACCUGUUUGGCAAAUCGGCAAUGGCUUUUUCAACAGGCCAAUCAUGGUGCCUACUCAAAUCCUGGUACGCAGGUGAGGGGCCAGAACAAGAAUUUCAGUACUGUUUCGCAGACAGACUUAACCAGAGUUUAGUUUCAUCUGUGGUGCAGGCUAGCUAGUGCACCCAAGAGCAACUGCAUGUAGCUUAUACUUUCAUCGUUCACCCUGAUCAUUUUUGUUAUUUUAGUUGUACUAGAUGACAAUCCACAUCUCAUUUUAGGUACCUGCUGGAUUGUUUAUUCCAAGCAUGGCCAUAGGAGCUUGUAUGGGAAGAGUUCUUGGCAUUGGAAUGGAGCAACUGGCCUUGUAUGUUACCAAAUGUAGAAACAAAGCUAGUGUAGUUACACUAUUUUUGUUGAAGGUUCUAGGUAGUUUCUCCAGAACCUCAGAUAAGGUCACAAUUUCGUCACCUUAUACGUAAAAAGUUAAUAUCUUUUAGGUAUAUAAAACUUACUUGUAAAGAUGUUUUGUAGCUCCUGUCCGAUGUAAAAUUCUCAUGGCAGGGUGCAACAAAAGUGCUCUCUGAUAGUCCGGGGCUAGUGUAGCGACCCUUCAGGCCAGCUUUUUUUAAUUACGAGUUGUCUAAUGUACAGGUAAGCAACAUUAAUUUGCGGAGAUUAAGGAAAUGAAAUUGAAAAAGGGGGUUGCUAGGUUGACAAAACUACUCUGGGCUAGUAAACUUGAGCAACAGUUUUUUUCUAUUUUAACGUAAUCAUCAAGAGGACUAAAUCCACACAACAGAAUUCACGUAGAUCAGACUUUCUAUACAUUUUGAGGACUAAUGCUGUUGUUAUCUUCAUGUUUUUCAGUCAUAAUCCUCACUGGUACAUUUUUGAGUCAUCUUGUGGUAAAUCAAUCGCCACCUGUAUAACUCCUGGACUAUAUGCCAUGGUAGGAGCGGCAGCAGUUUUGGGUGGAGUUACAAAAAUGACAGGUACAACUGCAAAUCUUGUUAACUUUUACCACAACAGUAGACCCUCUCUGCAGCAUGCAGUCUGGUGACCUUUCUUGCACAAAAAUUGUGGGAAACAACUUACUAAUUUAAUAUCAAAUAUAGAAAAUUAAUAGUCUGAAAUGUCAUCCAUCUCUUCGCCACACACCCCAACGGGCCGCCCAUUGAACCCAGAGGGGUGGGGUGAAGAGCCGGAUGACACUUUAGACUAAUAUAGCAAAAGCAAGGGGGAUUGCUAGAGAACAAAUUUUGAAAUGACUAACACAUACGACCAACAAAUGCCAAACUAACAAAUUUAGGGGUGUGUAAUCAUUAUUAAAGACCAAGUCCUUGGAAAAAUAAAUUGGUUCCUAAAAAAUCCCUUAAAGAAAAGGUCUCAGGUCUGUCUGAAUCAUCCACACAUAAGUUUGUCCUUGCUAUUUUGUAAGAUUUACUGAUUAUCAGAUCUAUCUUUCCUCUGCUCUAAUGAUGCAUUGUAAUAAUCCUGAAGUAUCCAUUUUUCUUUUGAAGUUUCCCUUGUGGUGAUCAUGUUUGAGCUGACCGGAGGACUGAUGUACAUUGUACCACUCAUGGUGGCUAUUAUGACAAGUAAAUGGAUUGGAGAUGCAUUCAUUAAGGAAGGAAUGUAUCCUUCUGCUAUCGUGCAUUGAUGUAUUUUACUUAGGGUGCUUUUCAUUUUUGUCAGAUUUAGCUGGCCAGGCCAGGUCAGGCCAGUCCAUUCGUUAGGAGAAUAUUAAUCAGAACUAUCCAGCCAGAUUAGUUUAUUGUGGUGGGUUGUAGUAAAAAUCUCAAGAAAAGACAAAGAUUCUGUUUACGCAUUAACCGGUCCGGACAGCCAGAUCUGACUUCUGGAAAGUACACAGGAACAAAAAUGGUCUAAAGGUGAUAGUGAGCAAACCCUCUAUUGUGCUCCUAAGGAGUCAUGAUAGGUAUAAAACUUAAAGAGACAGUGGAAAUAGUUAAUUUUGUCUGAUGUCAAUGUUGCAAACCCUUGACUGCUGUUCAAGCUAUGACGGACAUAUUCAUCUGAAUGGCUACCCAUUCCUGGACAGCAAAGAAGAAUUCACUCACACGACACUGGCAGCUGAUGUUAUGAGACCAAGGUGAGAUUUAAAUAAUUGCCGUCAAACUUCCAUGUUUGACCACCGCCCCCUUCCUCUUUGCAAAAGUGAUCACCUGUCCAAAAUAUCAAAUUGAAUUUUCCCAAGCGACUUUUACGUUCAGGGUUCGAAGUGUUUACUGAAACUCUUUCCUCCACUGAUUUAGUUGAUGAGCCAAAGCUGCUAAAAGGCUACACCCCAAAGUUGCAUCUCAAACAGGAAAAGGUGCUCCAGAAAACACCAUGACACAUGUUCAUGGCAGUUACUUGCUCUGGGUUAUGGGCUCCAGUUUACGUUCAUUUUAGUAGGUGAUUUUCAUCGCACAAGUUCUUAGAUAAUCUGUUUGACUGUGCCAUUAUUUUUCAGGAAAAAUGACCCUCCUUUAUCAUGUAUUACUCAAGACAGUUUUACCGUUGGAGACAUAGGUAAUAAACAUUUUCCCUAAGGUUGAUUUCAGUGUUCCUGACGUACUAGUUUAUAUGAACUGAAUUUAAAUAGUGUCUUGUUAUAUCUCUCACAGAAACACUUCUUGAAGAAACCGAGUUCAAAGGAUUUCCUGUGAUAGUGGACAAUGAAUCACAAAGACUGGCAGGCUUUGUUCUGAGGAGAGAUUUGAAUAUUGCCAUCAGUAGGUUUCUUUACUUUUUCUGGACUUGUGGUGAAAAUGAUUGCUAGAGUUCCUUACCUUCAGUUGCAUGCCGUAAAUAGGCCUUUUGCAUUGGUUGAUUACGUGAUCAACUUUCAGUAACCACGAAAAUAGUCCGCUUUUGAAAAAUUUUGUUCGCACGAGCUGAAAGAGCGUAUUAAAAUUAGGCAACCUGUAAAUUUUCAGCCGUAUAUCUGAAAAGCACCGGUGUUAGGUGUUAGGUGUUUUGUUCACACGGAACCACCUUCACCGUACGAAAAUUUAGACGCUUAGCCGUUCAAACUUCCGUAUGAACACAUCGAAAAUAUUUAACGGUCCCGUGUGUCGGUGGGGCCGGUCAAAUUCUUCAGCCGUGUGAAGGAAGCAUAAGUAGCCUGAGUAUCAGGCCUUCCUAAGGGGCUAGGGGAGAGGAGAUUUUAGAUGGGGGAGGGGGAAGGGGGAGAAGAGAAAGGAAGGCCUGACACAAAACCAUUCAGCAAAUCGUGUGACACAUCCAAAAUCUGGAUGUGGCAGUGACAGCACCAAUGCUUUUAAAAAGCUUGGCUUUGCUUGAGGCGGUUACGAUAGUGUACGUGACUGGAAUUCGUUCGCUUCCUCUUCCAAAAUUUUGUCACUUUUGAAAUGUCUUAAGCUCAAGCGGGCGCCAUCAUGUUUCGCCAACGGGAUUGACCUUUGAAGAGGUGGAAUUUGCUGCAGCUUGAUAAUUUCUAGGCAUAGGUGUUUCACCAUCGCACCUUCCUAUUUAUUCUUGCAGCUCCUUUCAACCACCCUAGAAUGCGAGGGAUAACAUCAGCUUUUUAGCUGCCAGACAAGCGCCUGAUGUAACUCUGUAAACAAAAGCAAUUUACAAUUUUCCGGGCACACGUUUGUUUACAAAGAGAGCGUUGGCGAUCUUACACUAGCACAAUUCCUAAAACAUGUUAUAAUUACUCAAAAAGGCAGGUUUUACGUUACAAGUAUUCGAAAACUCCUCAUUGGAGGUUUCAGAAAAAAGCGAAAUCGUAGCAACACAAGAACCGGUGCUCGGCCAGACCGUAAAGUGAGAUUUAUUUUAGGCGAGCUUUUUGACCCAUGAAGCUGACAACCCAAUGACCGGGAGCUGAUUUUGAUUGGAUGGUAUCGAAUCAUGCUCUGUGGGGGUGGAAGGCUCCAGUAAAAGCAUCUGUGUCAGGCGUUUCUCUCCUUCCGCUCUCUCGACUCCCUUUUUCGCUUCCAUCUUUCCCCCUUUUCCCCAGAAACGCCUGAUACUCAGGCUAAAGCAUAAGUACUGGCAAAUGUAUGACUUUGUUACUUGUGCUUUCAGGUCACGCCAGAGCUCGUGAUGAAACAGUGGUAUCGGCGUCACGUGUUUACUUCUUACCCAGUCCCCCUCGGUAUGCUGAGCCUGGUCAGCCGUCUAGUUUGAGUUUGAGACAUAUUGUUGACAUGGUAGGAAACUGCAUUAAUAAACACUUGAAUGUUUUCAUUGUGUCACUGUACAUCACGGUGAAGCCGAAUGAAUUGUUUUCUGAAAAAAGUGGUUGGUAAAAAAGUAAAGUGAGGUUUGAGUUUCCCUCAGAAAUAAAAAAAAAAAGACAGACUUUUUGGCUUUGAAAACAAAAGUGUCAGUUACGGGGUCUUCUAUGAUAAUAAAAUUAUCGUUUGUUGCAAACAGGAAAAAACGGUUGCGAACUGGAUAGGCAAAGUUGAUCCUCAGUUCUUAUGAAGUUUACCAUUUCCACUUGAAGAAGCUUUUAUUAGGAGGUUUUCUCUCGUCAGACAGAUCUACUCGUUAUAUCACUUGUAACCCCGUUGAUAAUUUACCCAUCUGGGCCCGGUUCCUGAAAGGCCGAUUGGCGCUAAUCCAGGAUUAAAAUUUUGUUCGACGUUUUAUAUUUACCUUCCUACGCAUUGCUUAGAGUAACAUUUUUUGUUAUCAUCACUGUAUCUCGGAGUGAGGACGCAACGGUAUUUUGUAAGCUUGAGUUACAUGUUCUUAGAAGAGAAAACGGUGCUUAAAAUUUAGCUUAAUGUUGGGUUAAACUUAACCAUUUUUCUAGGAACCAUGUCCAGGUUGUUGUGGCUUAUAACAAAGUUGUUUUAAUUCGCCACUUAAGGAACGAGAAGGGGACUGGAACCGAAAGGCGUCCCGCAAUUGUUUGUGGGGUCGUUACCAGGCACGCGCCAGUCAGCUAUUGGCUAAUUAUUCCCUGUUCCUAGUAACAGUCCCAGAAGGCUUUGCGAAAGUUAACUCGCCCCAGUUUCCCUCUCGUUUCUAACGAGGCGAAUGUCUCUUGUAUUUCAGAGCCCAAUUCAAAUCACUGAUGCCAUGCCCAUGGAAACAGUAGUAGAAAUGUUUCGUAGGCUGGGAUUAAGGCAGACACUUGUUACGCACAAUGGGUGAGUAGACAGCUUAUUUUCUUUGAGUUUUCGCGUGCAAUCCUUCAUUGUCACAGCUCUUCUCAGUGGUGUCGUUUAUUGCACCGUUGAUGAAAUCUCAAGCGUUAAAAACUCAAAUGAAACUUAUUAAGCACUAUCCACUGGAUAAAUCACUUUAUUAUGUAGAUACUGAUGAAAUACCAGGAUUUUUCCUUGUACUAGAAAAUCAUAUCUUCAUCGGGCGCAGUGAAGAUGCUAUUUUUAUCUUUCACGUGUGAGGGUAUUGGUGUCACCAUGGUUACUAACAUGAUUAGCCAUUUACAAGAGAGCUUCCCGUUUUUAAUAGAGUUUUCGAAGUUGUCACGACAAACUGAACUGUUCCGGACCCUGUGGAACAGGCUAAACAUUUUUAUUUUCUCAAUGGUUUAUUGAUUAAGGCUUAGUUCACACACCGGAUAGCUUUUCGUGUCGACACUCUCUUCUCCGCAGAUGAGCUUCAAGUUGUGUUUUAUGUAGGAAUUUCAUCAGUAUCUAUAAAAUAAACAGAACAUUACAUGGCCGCUUGGGGAUACGAAUUUUAUCUUCUCCUGCUGAAAGUAUCUUUUACGAGUGAGCGAAGCGAACGAGUGAGAGAUACUUUCAGCACGAGAAGAUAAAAUUCGUAUGCCCGCGCGGCCAUAUAAUAUCCUCUAUAUCUAGUGCAUAAGUAUUGUGGAAAACAAUUGGGUUAUCUACUGAAGAGAUAUUUAAACAGUGGAUAGCGUUAUUCACCUUUUGAACAACUGCGGCCUGCAGUACUUCACUGUGGUGCUGUUUACUGUGAUGUACAAGGUGGUUCUGAAUUUUGAUUCUGUGAAUCAAACCCAGUAGUGUAACCACUCAAAUAAAAGCUCUUGAACAGUGCCUUCUUGUGUUACUGUUUAUUGUGCUUUUUAAGAUUACUAUAAUAGUUGAGUUUGUGAAUUAAAUCGUAAAGAUUACCACGCAAGUACAUGGUUACCGAGCAGUACUUUAUUAUGCUGUAUAAAUUGACAUUUGUGUCUAUCGAUACCAUAAAACGACCAUUCAUGACAGAGGUAUUGAUCAGUCAGGUGUUUUGUUUGUUGGUUGGUUUGUUUUCUGACAUCAGCGUCGAGUGUACGUAUACACUAACAUAAAACAUGUUUUUAGUUCAGGGAGUUAAUUUUGUUGUAUCUAUUUUUUUCAGUCGCUUGUUAGGAAUCAUCACAAAGAAAGAUGUUCUACGCCAUAUUGCCACGUUAGCAAAUCAAGAUCCAGAUUCUAUACUUUUCCAUUGACAGUCGCAGUUAAAAAAACGAUUUAUGUACUACAUGACGUAAUAUCCCACACAAUAAUAUGGAGUCAUAAUCUCUUAAACAGCAAAAUUUUGAAUGGUCUGUAGAGAAGUGGACACUGGGUCCCUGUGUGCCGACGUUUUCUCUUGGUUCCUACACAAUCCACCGCUUUUACAAUACUCAUGACUCCCUGAAACGCUCUCGUUUGAAAUGAUAUCUGACAAGGCGAAAUGGAGCAAAUAUGUAUCACAGCUACUUAUCGGGUACCCAAACAAACGCCACUGAAUCGUAGUCAACAGUUAACGACUAAUUGACGGACUUAAGCAAAACUCAGGCCCGGUUCAGACGCCGAAUGAAGGCCGACCCAAACUAUUUAGACCGCCUGAAUUGAUUCAGACGCCAAUCUUAAUUCCAGCCGAACUAAAUUCGAAAGAUGAAAAAUGCUCGUUUGGUGAAACUGCUUGCAAAAUACGUUACUAUAAUUUAUGCAUUAAGUUAGGCAGAUGAAAGUUUCGACGUCUGAAUCAAAGCCGUUCCAAAGCCGUUCCAAAGUCGUUCCACAGUCGAAAUUCCCGGCCUGGCUAGGCGGGAAGAACGGCUGAGCCGUUUCAAAUUGAAAUAGACGUUCCUAAUUGAUUCAAUUCAAUAUAUUAGGUUCGGCUCAUCUGAACCGGGCGUAACUACGAGAGAAUGACUGUAUAACCGACAAUUUGACUAAUAAACGACUGUUUAACUGUGACAAUGGACGAAGCGAAACGCACCAAUGACAUUACAAGUCUUCAUAGUCUUCACGGUUUAACUGACAUCGCUACUAAAUUGACCAGUCAGGGCCGGGUUGUUCGAAGCUGGGUUAAGAUAACCCAGGGUUAGUGCGAAAUUUGAACUCAAAUAUGAGAGCUUAAAAAUCAAAUUUAGUUUAAUUCUCUUUGCCUACAAUUUGAUGAUUGGAUACUCUAAAAAGAAUAAAGAAAAUUAUCCGAGAAAGCGCUUUUGAUAGCAAGAAAAAGAAACCCGGGUUAAAAUUUAACCUCAGGUUAGCGCUAACCGGCGUUCGAACAACUGGGCCCAGGUCAAUAACCAAAGUUAAAUAAGAUAACUGACGUGAUACAACUCACUUUGACUGUGAAGAUGACUACCGCACAUGCUGUCUAAACGUCAGUCACUGUCACCCUGCGUUCACAUCAUUUUGUGCUGUUUUUUCUUUUUUUUAUCCAGGCACUAGUGCUCGGACCGUUAAAGUGAACAUAGUCUCAUUUGGAUUAUUCUUACAAAACAUGGCCAUUCCUCCAUGUCAAGAUAAUAAGCUGAUUAAGAAAAGAGGUAACAAAGUAACCCAAGCGUUCACAUCAGUUUUACUAAUACAUGUACAUCUCAGGUCGAGGAUAUAUUUUUAAAAUAAAGAGAUGAAAAUGACAAUAACA